AUGUCAAGGUUACCACCUGUCAUUAUGGAUAAUGGGACCGGCUAUACAAAGCUCGGCUUCGCAGGAAAUAAUGCGCCUUCGUUUGUUUUUCCGACAGCAAUCGCCACUCGUGACUCUUCUUCAAAACGCGGAAUCGAAGAUUUAGAUUUUUUUAUCGGCAACGAAGCUAUAUCAAACUCGAAAACCUAUGGACUUCAUUUUCCUAUUAGACACGGACAAAUUGAGAAUUGGGAUUACAUGGAACGAUUUUGGGAACAGAGUAUUUUCAAAUAUUUGAGGUGUGAGCCAGAGGAUCAUUAUUUCCUUUUAACCGAGCCACCUCUCAAUGCGCCUGAGAAUCGAGAACAAACAGCUGAAAUUAUGUUCGAAUCAUUCAAUAUUCAGGGUCUUUAUAUUGCGGUGCAGGCUGUUUUGGCUUUGGCUGCAAGCUGGACAUCCAAAGAGACUAAAGAUUAUGUAUUGACUGGGACAGUAAUUGAUAGUGGUGAUGGCGUGACACACGUUAUACCGGUGGUAGAAGGCUACGUUAUAGGGUCUUCGAUUAAACAUAUUCCAAUCGCGGGACGUGACAUCACUUACUUUGUCCAGCAGCUGUUGCGAGAUCGAAAUGAGAAUAUUCCCAAGGAAGAGUCCCUUAAAGUUGCUGAAAAAAUAAAAGAACAGUUCUCGUAUGUUUGCCCAGACAUUGUGAAAGAGUUUCAACGUUAUGACCAAGAGGGUGACAAAUUCUUUCAAAAAUAUAAAGGAGUGAACAGCGUUACUGGAACUCCAUAUGAGGUCGAUGUUGGGUUCGAACGUUUCCUUGGACCGGAAAUUUUCUUUAAUCCAGAGAUAGCUUCAUCGGAUUUCCUAACGCCAAUUCCUGAAGUGGUAGAUAACGUCAUUCAGUCUUGUCCGAUUGAUACACGUCGAGGAUUAUAUAAAAAUAUUGUAUUAUCUGGCGGUUCGACCAUGUUUAAAGGUUUUGACAAACGUCUUCAACGUGAUAUCAAACGCUUGGUGGAUCUUCGUGUUAGAAGAAGUGAGGAAUUAAGUGGAGGAUUACUCAAGGCAACUGCAGUAGAUGUCAAUGUUGUAUCUCAUAAAAGGCAGCGUUAUGCUGUUUGGUACGGUGGUUCUUUACUGGGACAAACGAGUGAAUUCUACUCCUACUGCCAUUCAAAAGCCGAGUAUGAAGAACACGGCCCCAGUAUUUGUCGGCAUAAUCGUGUUUUUGGAAGUUUGAAAACCUGA